AUGAAGUGGUACUCUGCUCUUGCGAUCGCUGGGACAACCCAAGCCGCUCUUCGAUUUGGAUGCUCGACUGUAUCAAUUCAACGCCUUGAUCCUUUGGUCGAACCUGGACAAGUUCCAUCAGCUCACGUUCAUCAAAUCGUCGGUGGAAAUGCAUUCAAGCCAAACAUGACAGGAGAUAUUGGGGAGCAAGGCACCUGUACGACAUGUACAUUUACAGAGGACUUUUCAAAUUAUUGGACCGCAGCCAUGUACUUCAAGCAUUCCAAUGGCACAUAUAAGAAGGUGCCUAUCAUGCAAAACGCUGCACUUCCCAACGGAAUCAACGGUGGGAUGACCGUGUAUUACACCCAACAGGAUUUCAACUCCAAUGGAAACCAGAAGAUCACAUCUUUCAAGCCUGGCUUCCGUAUGACUGUUGGAAACCCAACAAUAGACAACUCCAACGCAGCGAAAGGACGUGCAGGUCUUCGCUUCGUCUGCCUCACGGACAAGAAUACCAGAUUCCCAGAGCUUCCUGAUUUCCCCACGAAGCCCUGCAAAGGUGGAAUCAUGACUGUCCAUCACUUUCCUGCAUGCUGGGAUGGCAAGAACCUCGACAGCCCCAACCAUCAAGAUCACAUGUAUUCAACCACCAAAGAUGCUUUCUCACCCGCCGGACCAUGUCCUGCUUCUCACCCAGUCCGCAUGCCUCAACUCGCAUACGAGACUCUUUGGGACACAGCAAAGUUCGCCAACAUGUGGCCAACAGACGGCUCGAACCCAUUCGUUCUCAGCUAUGGUGACAAGCAGGGUUAUGGCACCCACGCCGAUUACGUUUUCGGCUGGAAGGGUGAUUCUCUACAAAGAGCUAUGGAUAGCUCUUGCAUGUUCCAAGCUUGUGAGAAUGGAAAGCCACUUAAGUCCCAGAACGUGGCUGCGAUGAACAAGUGCACUGUCAAGUCGUUUGUCAACGAGGAUAUUGAUUCUUGGCUUCCAAGACUCCCUGGUCAAGCUAUGUAA